CGGUCUCUAGCGAAUAGCGAAGGAGCCUCCCCUUCCUUGUGCGCCACUGCCACCACCUACCAGCGGCGACCUGCUCACACACACUGUGGAGUGGAGCACCGCAGCAGAGCAGAGAGUUAAAGAUCGGAGAGAAAGCAUGGGCACAAUGGCGGCCAGCGUCGAGGAGAUUGGUGCGGCGGCGCCGCAGGCGCUGGAACUGCACGCGCUGCAGCACCUGGGCGAGCUGCGGUCGACCUUCGAGAGCGGCAGGACCCGGCCCCUGGCGUGGCGGCAGUCCCAGCUGCGCGGCCUCCUCCGGCUACUGGCCGAGAAGGAGGAGGAGGCGUUCCGGGCGCUCCACGACGACCUCGGCAAGCACCGCGCCGAGGCCUACAGAGACGAGGUCGGUGUGCUCAUCAAGUCCUGCAACGCCGCGCUGCGGGAGGUCGGGAAAUGGAUGGCGCCGGAGAAGGUUUGGGCGCCGCUGGUGGCCUUCCCGGCGGACGCGCAGGUGGUGCCGGAGCCGCUCGGGGUCGUCCUCAUCUUCUCCUGCUGGAACUUCCCCUUGGGCUUGUCUUUGGAGCCGCUGAUCGGGGCCAUAGCCGCCGGGAACGCGGUGGUUCUGAAGCCGUCGGAGCUGGCGCCGGCCACCGCCAAGUUCCUGGAGGACAACAUCGGCGAGUACAUGGACGCCACGGCCGUGAAGGUCGUCCAGGGCGGCCCCGCGGUCGGGGAGCAGCUCAUGGAGAACAGAUGGGACAAGGUCCUCUUCACCGGGUGCCCUCGCGUGGCGCGCAUGGUGAUGGCGGCGGCGUCCAAGCACCUGACGCCGGUGGCGCUGGAGCUGGGCGGCAAGUGCCCCUGCAUCUUCGACUCCGCCUCCGUCGGCACCGGCCGGAACCUGCAGACGUCGGUGAACCGCGUCAUCUUCGCCAAGUGGUCCUCCUGCGCCGGCCAGGCCUGCGUCGCCAUCGACUACAUCCUCGUCGAGGAACGCUUCGCGCCCACCCUGAUUAAGAUGCUCAAGUCGACGCUCAAGAGGUUCAUGGCUGACUCCGAUCAGAUGGCGCGGAUCGUCAACGUGCGGCACUUCCAGCGGCUGAGCAGCCUCCUCAAGGACCCGUCGGUGGCGGCUUCCGUGCUGCACGGCGGCAAAUUAGAUGCCAAGAGCCUGUGCAUCGAGCCAACGAUACUGCUGAACCCUCCGCUGGACUCGGCGAUCAUGACCGAGGAGAUCUUCGGCCCUCUGCUCCCCAUCAUCACGGUGAAGAAGAUCGAGGACAGCAUCGCGUUCGUGAGGGCACGGCCGAAGCCGCUGGCGGUGUACGCCUUCACCAACAGCGCGCCGCUGAAACGCCGGAUCGUCGAGGAGACGUCGUCGGGCAGCGUCACCUUCAACGACGCCGUCGUGCAAUACGGGAUCGACACGCUGCCGUUCGGCGGCGUCGGGCAGAGCGGCUUCGGGCAGUACCACGGCAAGUACUCCUUCGAGAUGUUCAGCCACAAGAAGGCGGUCCUGAAGCGAGGCUUCCUCGUGGAGGCCAUGCUCAGGUACCCGCCCUGGGACGAGCAGAAGAUCGCCAUGAUGCGCCACCUCUACCGCUACAACUACAUCCGGUUCAUCUUCACCUUCCUCGGCCUAUCCAGGACAUGAACAGCGGAACUGGCUAUAUCCAGCCUGACUCAAUGGGUCUGUCCAAAAGAAAUUACUGCCAAGUAUUUGGUAAAUGAUUGAACAGAUAAUCGAAUAAAACAUACCACGUUCGUAGUCCCUAAAGAAAAGAACGAUAUAGGAUGUUGUAAUUGCUCUCCAA